AAUAUUUUCGAAAAACAAAGGUUCUAAAAUUCUUUUUUAAGUGGUGUACACAAACGUUCGAUUCUUCCGAAGUCUUCCAAAACAGCUAGACGUCAUACGGAACACAUCGAUUGUGCUCUCAGGAGGAAUAGACUAUGAACGCUGGCACAGUUUUGCAAUUGUAAUUCUCUGUGAUUUUGUGCAAGAAACACUUGAAGUUCAAACCAUCGCUGCAUUGCUUUUCCCUGCUUUUUGACCAAAGUUUUCGUCCGGUCCUUCAUCUUCUGAAACAGCUAGAUGUCACACAUCGAUUGUGCACUCAGGAGGAAUUGGCUUUGAACACUGACACAGUUUUGCAAUUGAUGUUUUAAAAUGAGUAAAUCUCAUCGAUUAAGCUACAUUUUCCAUGAAAAUGCUAAUCGUUACGGUACCAGACGAAUGCGUAGGAAACAAGCUUUCCUGAGGAAUGAUGCCGCCAUACCUUCCACCAGUGAUGAUCCAACCAUGCCGUCGGUGAGUAAGGAUCCCACCAGGCCGUCCGCGAGAAAAUAUGCCGAUGACGAUUUGCUUUCACCACCUCCAGUGAAACUACGUUCCUUCUCGAAUUAUGCAACAUUCCAUUCACCGGUAUUGGAUUCAUCUGACACAUCGUCUGAAGAAGCGGAUACCAUCGAUCUAGAAUUCAGGACAAAAAAAGAAAAAAGUCAUCCCUCUUUACGGUCUGGGUCCAAAGAGCAGAUCAGCAGUGAGGGCUCUUCUUUUGAAGAACAAAUGGAUUGUCCUGACAAAGACGACGAAUGUAACGAAACAGAUAUUAAUUUUGAUGAGGGAAAGGAAGAUGAUAUGCAAGAGCCAAUAUGUGCUGGCCUCACUCUCAGUAAGGCAGAAACCAUGAUAAUGCUUCUGCACAUAUUUCUGCGGCACACCGAUAUUAUUAAGAUGGUGAAUUUGAUCGUCGGCGUGAAAGCGCUUCCAGAAACGUACACGCAAUUCAGUAAAUAUUUCACGCGGAAUAAUUACGUUCGACACUACGUUUGUGGCAAAUGUGGACUUUAUAUUGGAGUUUUGAAUGUUUCUUGUCCAAAUUGCAAAUACCAUUCAUCGUUUUUCUUUGUUAUGUUCGAUUAUAUAUCGACCUUAACCGAUAUUUUAAAAAGAAAUUGGACUUCGAUACAGAAAUACAAGUUUCAAGCGAGCGUCUCUAAAGACAUAAUUGACAAAAUCAAUGCCGGAAUUUCUCAUCUAAAAAAUUUCUCUAAUUCGAUAACAUUAGCCCUUAAUACUGAUGGAGUCAAAAUAUUUAACAGCAACGUAAAACGGUCCUUGUGGCCAUUAAUGUUAACUGUAAAUGAACUGCCACCUAAUUUGCGUUUCUUACGGAGAAAUGUUUUGAUCGCAGGGCUUUGGAUAGGAAUAGGAGAACCUAAUCUUGAAGUGUUUUUAAAGCCUUUUUCCGAGAAACUUAAAUCACUCCAUAAUAAUGGAUUACAGAUAGAUAACUAUCAAAUUGAUUCAAUCAAAAUCACUUUAUGUUGUGUGGAUACCAAAGCCCGGAACAAGAUUCAGGCCAUCAAACAAUUCAAUGGCUAUUGUGGUUGCAGUUUUUGCUUGCAUCCGGGUGACCUAAGAGGAAGACAAGUAAGAUAUGGAUACAAGGAAAAUGUUCCCAAGCGUGAUUUGAGGGAUACGUUGAAAACCAUGGCAAUAACUAACGCAACAGGGAAUAUAAUUAUUGGGGUCAAGGGCAUAUCACCGUUAAUAAUGAUACCAGAAUUCGAUCUUAUUCGUGACUGCCCAGUUGACUAUAUGCAUUGCGUAUUACUAGGUGUGUGCCGUCAACUUUGUAGAAUAUGUUAUCAUCAAUACAAAUGUCAACCAAAUAAUGUCAGAGCAGGAUUCUAUUGA